AACGUCCGGCGGCCGCGGGUCGGCGCGGCGCUUCCGGAAGGCGUCGGGGGGGGGGGCAUGGCGCAGGCCGGGGAGGCUCCGUCCGCCGGGCCCGGCCGCUCCCCCUCCCCGUCGUCGUCGCCGUCGCCGUCGCCCCCGCCCCCUCCGGGGUCCCCGCCCGGGCCGUCGGCGCUGCCCACGGUGCUGAUGUGGGUGCGGGCCUGGGUCCGUCCGGUGCCGGCGGCGCUGAGCCCGGAUCCCGGGGAGCCCGACCGGCCCCUGCCCCUAAGGCUGCAGCUCAGCGUCGACCCCGACGGGGCCCCCGACCCCGGACGCUUCCGCCUGGCGCUGCGCCGCCCCGGACCCGGACCCCGCCCGGAGCUGGAGUGGCCGCUGGAGUCGCUGACCUACACAGCGCGGGGCCCCAGGGAGCACGUCCUGCAGCCGCCGGGGCCGCUCGGGCCCCUCAGCGUCACCUUCGCCGAGGCCCAGGAGGCUCAGCGCUGGUGGACCGUCGUGAGCAGCUCCGCCAGAGAGGCCCGGCGAGCGGCCGCCGACGCCCCGCCCCCCGCGGCCCCCGAAGCCGACUCCCCGUGGACCCCGGGAGACCUGGCGGAGAGAGGCGGGGGGCCGAGCCCCGGCGAGGAAGGAGGCCCCGGAGGGAGGGCCGAGGGGCCGGGAGGCGACCCCGCCCCUCCCGCCGCCGCCGAGAAGCUGGCCGCGGAGCUCGCCCGGGCCAUCGCCCGGGGGGACGAGGGCGCGGCGGUCCGAGCGGCGGCCGCCCUGGCCCAGCGGCACGUGCCCCUGUGCGUCCGGCUCCGGGAGACCUGCUUCCCCGCCGGGACCAUCAGCCUGCAGGUGGGGGUGGAAGACGCGUCGUCGUCGGCGCACAUCACCCUCAGCGUCCACGCUCACGACACCGUCGCCACCCUGCAGCAGCAGGUGUUCGAGGAGUACGGGUUCCCUCCCCGGGUGCAGCGCUGGGUGAUCGGACGCUGCCUGUGCGUGGCCGAGCGCAGCCUGGGCUCCUACGGGGUGCGGCGGGACGGGGACCAGGCCUUCCUCUACCUGCUGUCCAACCCCGAGGCCGGCUCGGCCCCCCACCCCGGCCCCGCCGCCGACCCCUCGCCGGCCCCGCUCCCCGCCGGCCCCGGCGGCUCCUCCUGGGGGCCAGAUGGGUCCGGGCCGCCCGGUGGGAAGAUGGCCAUAGAGGAGAUCAGCCGCCUGCUGAGCCGGGAACUCAGGCUUCCCGGCGGCUUCGCACCCACCGCCCCCUCACAGCCCGGCUGGCCCUGCCCCUCCUGCACCUUCAUCAACGCCCCUUCCCGGCCCGGCUGCGAGAUGUGUAGCACGGAACGCCCCCCGCCCGUCCCGGGCGCCGACGACGGCCGGCCGCCGCAGCAGACCCUGGGGCCCCGGCCCAUCAGCUCCGGCUCCCUGGACGACUUCAUCCACCUGUCCUCCGAGUUCUGCUGACUCCCACCGCCCGCCACGGAGAGUCCCGGCCCCGCCGGACCGGACGGAUCCUCCUGCCUCCCUUCGGCCCCCGGCCCGGCAGCGCGGGGCGGAGAGGGCCGGUCCUCCGGUGGAGCGAGGGGGUGCGGCUGGGCUCCUGAGGAAGUCACCCACCCUUGGGCCUCGGGGAGGAGACCCCCUCGGUGGUCGAGGCGUCCCCCCGCCUCACCCGCGGGCGGGGGGAGGUGUGCGCGGGGGGUACCCCGGGCCCCCACGACGGUAAGCGCAGUCCGGCCCUUGCGACUCCGGUCCCAGACCCCGCCUUCGAUGCAGCGGACUCUGGGGAGGGGGAGGCCUGGGGGGCCAGAUCCCCAGCUCUACCUCUCAGCCCAGAGCUAAGUGGAACCGUUUGGGCUCUUGGGCCGUUCCGGUCAGAUCCUCGAUUACAGACGGCGUGGACCACGCGUGUGCUCUCCUGUGUGAUCUGAGGCCAGAACCCCCGGAGGAAGGGAGGAAGGAAGGAAGGAAGGAAGGGGGAGAUCCGGGUGGGGCCGGAACCUGGAUCGGCCCCUUCAGUUAAGAGCGGAGCCCACCGGCCCCCCCCGUCCGGCCCACCCCGGGGGGAUGGGGACGGCUCCGGUGACGCACGAGGGGCGGCGGCUGGGCACUCGGGCCCUUCCGAACUCAACCCGCCGGUAGCGGGAGGCGGGGAAUAAAAUGCCAACCUGCUC